AUGAGGGUGCUCCUGAGUUUGUGUGCUGCGCUGGUGCUGCUUUGGUCCACUGUCCAGUGUCGCCCUAGCCAUGAUCACAGUCACCAUGGCAAUGAUUACAGUCACCAUGACAAUGAUCACUGUCGCCAUGGCAAUAACAAUAACAGCGUUUCUGCCAGUGGAAGCCUGAAGAUAUACCAGGAGAACCUGGACUUUGCUUUCUGUCUGUACAAGCACAUCUCUGCCCAGCCCGAUUCUCAGUCCAAGAACGUCUUCUCCUCGUUGAGUGUGUCCAUGGCCCUGGCUGCUCUGUCCGUGGGGGCCAGAGGGAAGACGCACCAGCAGCUCUUUGAAGGUCUGGGCUUCAACAGCACAGAAAUCACCACAGAGGAAGUGAACCAGGCCUUCCAACACAUCCAUCACAACCUCAAUGAGAAAACGGACAACACUGAAGAGGCCAAGGAACAGAUCAAUACGUAUGUUCAUGAAAAGACCAAGGGUAAAAUAUCAGAUCUGGUUCAGGAUGUGGAUCCGCUGACAGUCAUGUAUCUCAUCAACUACAUAUACUUCAAAGGUAAAUGGGAGAUUCAAUUUAAUCCCAAAGUAACCAAGGAUCAUGACUUUCAUGUUGAUGAUAAAACAACCGUUUCAGUUUCGAUGAUGCACAAAAAGGAUGAUUUUCAUGUUUAUCAUGAUGAAGACAUCUACACUCAUGUUCUCCAGCUGCAUUAUAAUGAGUCUGUCUCAAUGAUGCUGGUCCUUCCAGAGAAAGGAUUGCAGGGUCUGGAGAAAGUGGUCUGCAAAAACCAUUUGCAGAAAUGGAUCAGAUCAGUGGAGAUGAAGACGUACAGUGUAUAUGUUCCAAAACUGUCCCUUAAGACCUCAUAUCAACUCAAAGAAAUCCUUUCUGAAAUGGGAAUCACUGACAUAUUUGGGGAUACUGCAAACCUCACUGGAAUAUCAGAGGGAGGGAAAUUGGUUGUAUCUAAGGUUAUGCACAAGGCUACCUUGGACGUGGACAAAGCUGGAGCAACAGCAGCCGCAGCCACAGGAAUCGAAAUUGGGAUGCUUGGAAUCCCAUACCCUAGUCUCGAACCCCCCGUCUUGAAAUUUGACCAUCCUUUCAUGAUUUUUGUGCUCAGUCGUGAAACCAGAAGUAUCCUGUUCAUGGGGAAAAUUGUGAACCCAGCAUAA